GGCCCCCCACCCCCCCUUCCCCACGAUUUUGAAUCGCCCCCGGUUGCUCGAUCCAUCGAUCGAGGGUGGGCGAGUGGAUCGAGGCGGAUCGAUCGGUGGUCGACGGCUAUGCAGUACCACGCCUACAACCGCCUGGGGAGCGGCGGCGCAGGCGGCGGCGGGGGGACGCCUUCGCCGCCGGCGUCGCCCCGGAGGUCGCCGAGGAUCCAUCGGAGGGGCGGGAAGACCGGCGGAGGAAGGGGGGCGACUCUGGCGCCGCCGCGGACGCUCGCGCAACGGAUGGCGUGGAUGCUCCUCUCCCUCCUCCUCCGGCGGCAGGCCAUCUUCCUCUUCGCGCCGCUCUUGUAUGUUGCCGCCAUGAUCUUCUAUAUGGGAACCCUGCCCCUCGAUAGCGUUCCCCGCAUCAUCUCCCGCCCCGCCCCCGGUUCCGUUUACCGAAGCCCCAUGUUGUACGAGCGCCUCCGCGCUGACAUGGAAGCCGAUAACUCGUCCGAUGGGUUAGCAACUGUGUGGAAGCACUCUUUCAAGGAUGAUAGGUGGCGACCCUGCAUAAACACCUCUGCUGAUGUAUUGCCUGAUUCUAAUGGUUACAUAUUUAUUGAAGCAAAUGGUGGCUUGAAUCAACAACGGACAUCGAUAUGCAAUGCAGUUGCUGUGGCACGAUAUCUAAAUGCGACACUUAUUAUUCCUUAUUUUCCGUACCACAGCAUUUGGAGAGAUCCUAGCAAAUUCAAUGAUAUCUACGACAAGGAUCACUUCAUAAGUACUCUCAUAAAUGAGGUGCGUGUCGUUGACAAGGUCCCUGAAUUUUUAAUGGAACGGUUUGGUAACAACAUGAGCAAUGUGUUUAACUUCAAGAUAAAAGCUUGGUCAUCCAUUCAGUACUACAAGGAUGCUGUUCUUCCUAAGUUAGCUGAGGAAAAGCUGAUAAGGUUCUCUCCUUUUGCAAAUCGGUUAUCAUUUAAUGCCCCCUCCGCAGUUCAGCGUCUAAGAUGCUUGGCAAAUUUUGAAGCAUUGAGGUUUUCAAAUCCUAUAACAACUUUGGCUGAAAAUUUGGUCUCUCGAAUGAAAGAACGCAGUGUAGACAAUAAUGGGAGAUAUAUUGCUGUGCAUCUGCGAUUCGAAGAGGAUAUGGUUGCCUUCUCUUGUUGCAUAUUUGAUGGCGGUGAAGAAGAGAAACAGGACAUGAUUGCUGCGAGAGAGAGAGGUUGGAGAGGAAAAUUUACUAAACCUGGUCGCAUCAUUCGACCUGGAGCAAUUAGGAUAAAUGGAAAAUGUCCAUUAACACCUUUAGAGGUUGGUUUGAUGCUCCGUGGCAUGGGUUUCAGUAAUGACACUGCAAUUUAUUUGGCUUCUGGGAAAAUUUACAAAGCUGAGAAGACUAUGGCUCCCCUUCUUGAAAUGUUUCCCCUUCUACAAACUAAAGAAACACUAGCAUCAGCAGAGGAACUUGCUCCAUUUGAGAACUAUUCCUCUAGGAUGGCUGCAAUAGACUACAGUGUCUGUCUUCACAGCGAAGUGUUUGUGAGUACUCAAGGCGGAAACUUCCCUCAGAUUCUGAUCGGCCACAGGAGAUACUUGUAUGGUGGGCACUCUAAGACUAUCAAACCUGACAAGAGGAAGUUAGCGUUAUUGUUUGAUAAUCCAAAUAUUGGAUGGAAGUCACUGAAGCGCCAAUUGCUAAACAUGCGAGCUCACAGUGAUGCCAAGGGAAUUGAGAUGAAAAGACCAAAUGAUUCGAUAUACAGUUACCCAUGCCCUGACUGUAUGUGCCUCUCAAACAAAACUGAAAUCUUGAGAUCUUCAUCAGUUCGAUAGUAUCAGUUCCAAGGAAUUUUUGGUUGACAUGUAUAGUGAUUCAACUGAUGUUGGAGUCGAUGUGCCAUUCAUUCUUUCAUUGGCCUCUUGCGAGAGCACCAUUCUUUCCGAGUUUGCAGGCUCCAUUCAGACUGCAUAUUGCUAUUCUUUACGGUCUGGGAUUACUACAUUUUUAUAGUUGAAGAGUUAACAGAAGAUGGGAACCUAAUCAUUGUCACCCGGGUGGGUGCUGUCGGACACUUUAACUUGCAUUCACAACCUCUGGAUCCAUAAUACCCGGAAGUCAUGUCUCCUGGCAGCUUUGGUGCUCAUCGUUGUAGGAGUGUCUUGUAUAUUAGUCAAUUCUUUUCCACUUGAGAUGCAAGCCAAGCAUUUGAGACAGCAACCUUUUGGCUUCACUGUUGUACCUUCAAUCUUAAACAAUUCUUUCCUAAGGAGGUAGGGAGUCAUUCUUCUUUCAUCUGUAAUCACAAUGGUUAGCUUUAGAAUAUUCACCCCAUGUGAAGGGUGAGAAGAGUCAGCUGUGUUGUGAUAUAUUAGGUUAUUCAAUUUUUUCAUUAUUUUAUCAA